AUGUGGGUUUGUUUUCAUUUUAAGGUUAGGACGGAUAUUAGUUUACGUUCGCCAUAGUGUUGUUACGUUACCGCAUCAGUAGUCAGUUUGUAAAUAGUUAUUUAAAUUGGGAAGUUUUGUAAAUUUCACAAAACGAUGCUAAGAGAACAAAGUAAACUAAUUAAUCUGCAUGAAAGCUGUGUUGUGCACAUACGCCUUAUUCAUUAGACUAUUUUGUAUUGACACGUUUUGCUUCAGUUCCAGUGCGCAGUGAAGUCAAAUAUAAUUUUAAGUAUUAAUAUGGCUAAGUUUAGUGCUUGUUAUCAGUUGUGUCCUUUGACUGAUCAAAAGGACUUUCUAGGAGUUACAGAUGAAUCUGUAAAUGGUUGUGUUAUUUUAACUUUAAGUAAGAACAUGGUUAUGAGAUACAAGCUAUCUGACCAAAAACAAGUCAGCUGUUGGAGCAGCAGAGACAAAUUAUCGGCCCCAGUUGUUUAUGAUUCUGGCAGUCAGAAGUAUAUUGGAGUCUUCAAUUAUAACAAAAUAUCCACCUGGGAGGAGAGCUGUGUUCAACUCAACAAUCUCAAAAAAUACAAGUUCGAUGCAGAAAUAGAAUGUGUUCUAACGGGUCAGAUCUCAUCAACCCCUUUUGUGGUGUUUCGAAGUGGCCAUAUUUUACCACUACAACAAGCUCUUGAUAGAAGAAAAGAACCGCCUCCUGAAAAGCCACUCCUUGCAGACGAUGAGACUAUCAGUAGCGCUCACUUGAUAUCAUUGAUAGGUUCGGUGGUAGCUGCACUAUUCACAAAAACACCAAAGGGAGAACACUAUCUACAUCUGAUUCCCUUGGAGGAAGGCUUGAUGCCUCAGUCUCGUCUGCAGUUGAAGAGGAAAACAGAAGAUGAGGUGCAGCUUAUUGGGUACACCUUGGUCACUUACGAAUCUUGCCAUCUGUUAACUUUGUGGUCAGACAGUCAACUCUACAGUUUAGAACUCCCAGCCCGUGGCUGUGAGCAGUUUCCAGGCAGAACUCUAACAACUCUGACCGGCAUCAGUCCUCGUCACCAGACAGCCAUGUUGGCUCUCAGCUCCACUCAUCUGGCUAUCUACGGCGCUCGUGAAAAUGAGGAGGGUGCUCUGGUACUAAUAUUCAACACACAACUGUACGUGCGCCAAUGCAGUAUGCAGUUCAAGAUGUACACAACACCGGCACGGCUGUGGGCAGGGGGACAACACGCCGUGCUGGUGGUGACAGGACAGCAUGUAGCCGUUGUGCCGUUCUACCUGGGCAAGCAGAGGUUGGCUGCACUGGUAGGCUCACAGGCCCCUGACUCUGCCCCUCCCGCAACCCUGGCUGUGUGGCAGACCACCGCAGUCAAAGAGGAAGUAGAGGAGCUGAAACCGGACACUCAGCCUCAGAUGUUUCGGCUCAUCCAGACACACAUUGAGGAGGGGCUCUCACAGAGGAUGAUUGCUCAGAUGUUGUUCCCAAUAGCCAUAGAUUCGAAUGAUCCAGAAGGACUAACCACACUUCUAAAAAAUAUUAAUGACAUUCCAGAGUCGUGUAUCAUUGCUGUACUCUCAUUUUGUCUCAAGGACAUAGAAACGCCAGGACACAAGGAACUGCUAAGACUUGUGUUGUCUCUCCCCAUGACAGCAGACUUGAGCACUCUCGGACUGCUGAGGCACAAGCUGAAGCUAGGGACAGUGCUGAAUCUGCUGAGACAACUGUCCGAGGCCAUGCUCCUGACUCCUGGAGACCCUCAGCUCGUGGAGUGGGCUACCCUACUGCUGGACGCCUACUACCAACAGUACCUCCUCUCUAGAGAUCCAGCUGUGAUAGAAGUUUUGUCAGAACUGAAGGCUAUAGUGGAUAAGCAGAUGGAAGAGAUCAAGGUGUGGCAGGAACUAGAAUCUUUACUCCUGCAGCUACAAAACAGACAAGGGUUGCCAGACUCAUCACUCUUCACCAACAAUACGUACUCCAUUGAUGAGAUUAAACUCUAUUGAUUUUUAA